UCUCCCCUGAUCAUUUUACAGAGUUUUCUCUUCCCCUCCCCCGCCAACCCUCUGACUUUCUCUGUCUCCCCCACUCCACCGCCAUCCCCUUCUUCUUUCAGUGAACCUAGAUCCCGGAGAGGGUGUUGGAAUCUUUUCCAGCUUCAUUCCUAACUUAACGCACCAUCCUAAGGCUUCCUGUGCAAAUUGAAAUGAGUGGACCGAGGCGUCCUGUCCUCCUGGGGCUUGUGCUCUUGCUGAUGACAGUGGGACCUUGCCGGGGGAGAACUGAAUCUCGAGAAAUCACGGACAGACAGACUCUUUUAAAUCUCAUCAUGGAGAUCAUUCAGGAACUUAAAAAAUACCACUUGGGGGAAUACAAGAGAUUGCAGAUUUUCAGCAAACACGACUAUACUUUGGGCCGUAGGGAGGUCACUGACUACGGAGUUUAUCCUGAGGAGCCAAGAGUUGAAAUUGUUCCUCGAGAUCUAAGAAUGAAGGACAAGUUCUUAAAACACCUUACAGGUCCACUUUAUUUUAGUCCAAAGUGCAGCAAACACUUUCAUAGACUUUAUCACAACACCAGAGACUGCACCAUUCCUGCAUACUAUAAAAGAUGUGCCAGGCUUCUUACUCGGUUGGCUGUCAGUCCAAUGUGCAUGGAAGGAUAAGCAAUGAGUGGUAAAGGAGCAACACACCAAGAACCAUGCAAAGUGCCUUGGAAACCAACAGAAAAAUAGAUCUUAACUUUAUAAAUAUAUUCCCUUGUGAACAAGAGAUUUAUUUUUGCAGACACUUCCAUAAUUCCUUUGAGUUUUGUAUGUUGUUGGCAGUUUGCAAAUAUGUCUGUACAUUAGUAUACCUUACAGUAAUACCACUCUUUGUUUUAGGAAAAGAUAACACUCCACAUUUAAUGUGUAGUUCCACAAAUGAUACUUUUUCCUGACCAGUUGAAAUUGCAGAGAAUAUUUCUUUAGAAACAUAAGCAGAACCUGGAACUAUAUUUUCAUAUAGUGUAUACUAUGGUUUGACAUUUUUGAAAUUAAAUUUCCAGAGUAUUAUUUGAAACUGCAUGAAUGAAAAAGAAAACAUCAGUCAUAUUUUGGAGACAGCAGAGUGUAAAUCUGUGAACAACCAAAUCAAGGCUAAUUUCAAUUGUUCUUUGUAUAAUAAAUGUAAAUUUAGUAUUCCAGCUGUU